AUGGCGCCACCUGGCACCAGCAGGCCUUCGGGCAUUCCAGGCUUCAAGACUAAUGCCGUACAAGAGGAAGUCCUCGACCACGCUAAGCCCUACGAUCCUGAAUCUACCUCCAGCUGCGAUCUCCCCGUCCGUGAACGCACUGACACGGGCAAGACACUAGCUUUCCUGGUUUCCAUCAUCGAAACUCGCGGUUUUGACAACGUACUGCCCUCCAAGCCUCACCUUGUCGGUCAGGCGGCGAAGAAUUGGGCACAGGCAAAUGUUGGGGCCAUUAUUAUCAGCCCUACUCGGGAGCUGACCACACAUAUCGCUAAGGAGGCUUUGAGGCUUUCGUACCAACACAAGGGAUUCCAGGUUCGGCUUUUGGUAGGCGGAGUGAACGAGAGCGUACAGUUGCGUAACUGGGCUAAAGGAAGGUUGAACAUUGUUGUAGCAACCCCUGGUUGUAUACGUAUACGCGAUAUCGUCAACUCUGAACCCAGAUAUUGCAAAGGCUUUGAAGACAACUCGUACUUCGACACACUCAUUGUGCCUCUGAUACCCGAGCAUCAAACCCUAUUUCUCUCUGCUACCCUCACUCCGGCCAUUCGACGGGUUGCUUGUGAGGCCUUGGACAAGGACUACAAGUACAUCAAUUGUGUUGAUGACUCGACACCCACCCAUCUCAGUCUCCCCUAG